AUGGACGCAGCUGUAGCUCAGAAGGGCCUUGUGGAGGCGGUGAUCACGGACAACGUCUUCACGGCGUUUACAUGCCUUGCCUCUGGCGCACGUGCGAACCACCAAAUUGUGCUUGUGUCUGGUCAUACAGCCUCCCUCCUGCACAUUGCUGCAGCCUGCGGCCAGCUCGAGUUGUGUGAGCUGUUGCUGUUCCAUGGCGCCAACCCGACACUGGAGGACUCAUCGGGCCGCACCCCAGCAGAGGCCGCACGUGCCACAGGGUGUCUCGAUUGUGCGGUGAGCAUCUCGCUGCACACCAUGGCGCCGCUCCGCCGCUUGUGCACAUUCAUUGCUCGCAGCGGCGGUGCGGAUGUGUGGUCCGGUGACGCCAACGCAACGCCUGGAGCUGGAAGGAUAGCCGCUGCCACGAACAAGGCGCUGUCAGAGCUGCUGUCUGACAUCCACGAUGACGUUGAGCGACGAGAGCUGGAGGAGUUGUGGUCCGAGAGCACGAAACACCGACCGCACAUUCAGCAGCAGGCGCUUCCACUCCCGUUCCUCCCCGUCUCCACCAUCUUUCCUCCGCUGAGACAGCAGAUCAAUCGGCUGGAGGGCACGGUGAAUGACUUGCAGGCGACAGUGGCGACGCUGCGAGACCUCGUCGUGGCGUUGUUGGAGAAGAGACAGCCCACACAGCCCAAACACCACGAACACCACGAACACCACGAACAGCAGCAGCAAGAGGGGGAGGACUUGGGUGCAGAAGAAGAGGUGGUGCCAGCGAUGCGGCAACAACAAGAGCAGGGUGUGGAGCCAGGGUCCCGUGUGGAAGAUGCGGGCUCCACAGCGACACAUGCAGUCACAGUCGCUCACGAGGAAGAAGAGGAGGAAGAAGAAGUGAUGUUGUCGCCACCCUCUUCCCAGAACUCGCAAUCCAACCUUGGCUUCAUGGAUGAUGACGAUGAAAUGGUGUAG